AUUACAAAGCUCUUUGCCUAAAUAUAUUCAUCUUCUUAGCCUAAUAAUCUGAGCUUAUAAAUGUUCUUUUUUUAACUUGAUCUUGAUCUUGACAUUUCCUUUUUAUUUCCAUGGAUUCCGAAAGCAGUUUCGAUGAGCGGUAUACCCUCACAUUCACCAAAUCUUCAUGGCAAACUCCUCAAUGGAAGUAUGACGUGUAUCUCAACUCCAUACAUGAAGAUCCAGAUAGACAUGGAAAAACAUUUACAGAUCAUCUAUACACAACUUUAGCUGGAGACGAUAUACACACUUUUAGAGCUGAUGGCUUUGAUCAACUGCCACCAAGUGUCAACGAUCUUGAGGCAAUUGAGGGGUCAAACAUUUCAAUUGUUAUUUUUUCAAAAGAAUAUGCUUCUUCAAGGUCUUGUCUUGAUAAGUUAGUGAAGAUCAUGGAUUGCAAGAAAAGCAUCGGACAGUUGGUUCUUCCGGUGUUCCAUCAUGUUGAUCCUAGUGAUGUACGCAAACAAAGUGGGAGCUUUGAAGCUGCUUUUAUAAACCAUGAACAUGAAGAUUGUUUUGAUCCUGAAAAGAUUAAACAAUGGCGAGUCGCAUUAACCGAGGCUGGAAAUCUAGCUGGAUGGGAUAUACAAGAUGACAUCAAUGGAUGGUAUGCCGAAGAAUUCAUUAAAGAUAUUGUAAUAAAGGUUGUGCAAAGACUAAAACGUAACAAGUUUGUUGUAAAGCAUCCAGUUGGUUUGCAUUCACGUCUCUUGUAUCUAAAAAACCUAGUGGCUAUAUUCGGACAAGAAGAUGUGGGUGUAGUUGGGAUCUAUGGUAUGGGUGGCAUUGGUAAAACAACCAUAGCAAAAGAAUUCUAUAAUGAAGCCAUUCUUCACUAUGAACAUACUUGUUUUCUUGAAAAUGUUAGACAAGAAUCAAAACAGUUUGAUGGUCUAGUUCGUUUACAAGAGCGACUUCUUUCUGCUUUAAAAGGAAAGAAUCAUAGGGUCACAAGCGUUGACCAGGGGAUUGAUUUAAUAAAAGAAAGAUUAGGUUGUAGGAGAGUUCUUGUUGUUCUUGAUGAUGUAGACCACUUGACCCAAAUAGAUUCUUUAAUUGGAGAAUCUUUGUGGUUUGGUAAGGGAAGUUUAAUCAUUAUGACAACUAGAGAUGAACAUCUUCUAGAUCAGGCUAAAGUUGAUUACAAAUACGAGAUUAAUGAAUUGAACAAUGAAGAGUCUUUGAUGUUGUUUAACUGGCAUGCUUUUAAAAGCCCUAUUCCAUUAGAAUCGUUCAAGAACAUUCUGGAAGACAUUGUAAAGUAUGCUGGACGACUUCCAUUAGCUCUUGAGGUCUUAGGAUCUUCUUUAUAUAACAAGACCAUGGAAGAAUGGAAAAAUAUGCUUGAGGAACUUAAGCAAUUUGCUCCAGACGAUGUUUUGGAAAGAUUAAGGAUAAGUUUUGACACUCUGGAUGACACGGAAAAGGAUAUAUUUCUUGAUAUUGCAUGUUUUUUCAAUGGAGCCGAAAAAGAAUUUGCAAUCAAGAUAUUUGAUGGGUGUGGAUUCUUUGGAGCAAUUGGAAUUAGUACCCUUGUAGACAGAUGUUUACUGAAAGUCGACAUGGAUGAUAGGGUUAAAAUGCAUGAUCUGGUUCAAGAUAUGGGAAGAAAAGUUGUGUGGGAGAAGUUUCCUCAAGAGCCCGGAAAACGUACCCGAUUGUGGUUGCAAGAUGAUGUAUGUAACGUGUUGAUAAAAAAUGAGGUGACCGAAGCGAUUGAAGGUAUGAUAUUGGACCUAUCGACACAAUCUCGUUUUAGUACAAGACCUUUUUCCAAAAUGCCAAAUUUAAGAUUGCUUCAAAUCAAUAACAUAGAUCUUGUUGGAAGCUUUAGAGGUCUUUUUAAAGAGUUAAGAUGGCUUUGUUGGCAUCGGUUCCCAUUGGAGUCUUUACCAAUGGAUUUCCAUCCUGAAAAACUUAUUUCACUCGAUAUGCAGAAAAGUAAUCUUCAUGUAUUGUGGCGCCACACAAAGUUUCUUGGCUGCUCAAGUCUUGAAAGUUUACCAGAGCAAUUAGGUGAUUGGAAAGGGUUGAGAGAGAUUAAUGCUAGUGGAACUAGGAUUCAACAAUUACCUGAUUCAAUCGGCAUGUGUGAGCUUAUAAGUCUGUCUAUAACCGAUUGUUCUACCCUCAAAAGUCUUCCAAACAGUAUAUGCAAAAUGAAGACACUCAACAUUCUACGUCUCACUGAUUGCUCAAAUAUACAAGAAUUACCAGAUGAACUUGGAGAUUUGGAACGCUUAGAAGAUAUUGGUGUUAGUGGAACUAGCAUAAAAAGAUUACCUGAUUCUAUUCAACAAAUACCUUAUCUACAUACUUUGUUGCUAAACAACUGCAAGACUCUUGAAAGCCUUCCAGGCAGGAAUCUAGGGUUAUCAUUGAUUCGAGUUUUAGCACUAAGAGAUUGUAAUCUAUCAGAUAACGAUUUCCCAAAUGAUAUGUGGAAUUUGUCAGGGCUAAUGGUGUUAGACUUGUCAAACAACAAUUUUUCUAGCUUGCCUUCUGGACUUAGUCAACUCUACAAUCUGCAGGUGUUAUAUGCUGGUGGUUGUAAAUCAUUGUUAAAGCUCCCAGAUGUAUCAGGUCUUGAAGUUUUAAGGGUUGUAGAUUUGAAGUAUUGUAGCAAGUUGGUUGAAAUUAUGGGGUUGGAGAAUCUUUCAUCUUUACAAGAAAUUUACCUGGACGGAUGUAGUAGUUUAUCAAUGGUAAUGGACAACUUCUUUCUUCAGGGAUAUGGUCGAGGUCUAUGUGAUAGUAAGUUUUAUGUUUCAAGGAGGGGGAUUCCAGAUUGGUUUGAGUUUCAGGGAGUGGGGAAAUCAUCAAUGUUGAUUGAUACUGAUACAGAUACACCUUCUAGUGUUGAAGAUGGUUCCUUGCAUUUGAUGAUUUGGGUUGAUUACUUUUUUGGAGACGAUGGUGAUAAGUUCUUUCAUAUUGGUGUUAGGGUUGACAGCAAAACAAGUGGCGUUAAAUGGGAUUGUGAAAUUACUGGAAGGCAGUCAGUAGAGUCGUGCAUGGUUCUAGGACCGAUGAUUAAAAGCGGAGACAUAAUUGAAGUUUCAUUUGAGUUGGAAGCGCACAGAGAAGAUGUGAAGGUGGAGAAGUUUGGAGUUCAUCUAUUGCCUUUGCCCAUCAACAACUGUAGCCCUGAUGUUGAAGUUACCGUCGUUUAA